AUGAGGUAUGGUGGAACCCAAGACCCCCAAGAACAUCUAAAGGCCUUUGAGGCCAGGAUGAGCUUGGAAAGGGUGGGUGAUGAAGUAAGGUGCUGGGCCUUCCCUGUAACCGUAGCAGGGCCGGUAAUUCGGUGGUUCAACAGCCUUCCGCAAGGCUCUGUGGCGACGUUCUCGGACAUUACCCGCGCCUUCCUAGACCUGUUUACUACACACAUCGCAAAGGCGACCCACCCGAUCAACCUGUUGGGGGUAACGCAAAGAGCCGGCGAACCGACCAGGAAAUACCUGGAUAGGUUCAACGACGAGUGCUUGGAGAUCGACGGCCUAACUCAUUCGGUGGCCAGUUUAUGCUUGACGAAUAGGUUGGAGGGGUUACCUGAAACUCCCGGUAGCGGGGAAAGGCCAAAGGAGCACUCCAAGGACGGAGCUCCGGCCAAGACCUUCAAGUCAUUCCCUCAGGUAGGGAAGUUUACCAAUUACACCCUCCUAACAGCCCCGAUUGUGGAAGUCUAUCAGCAGAUUACCGACAAGGGCAUCUUGUCGAAGCCCCGACAACUCAAGGACAGAACAGGAGAAAACAAAAACCUCUAUUGUGACUUCCAUAAGGGGUACGGCCACACGACCCAAGAUUGUUUUGACCUGAAAGAUGCUCUAGAGCAGGCAAUCCGGGAAGGCAAACUAGUAGAGUUCUCUCACUUCAUAAGGGAACCAAGGAGACAGGAUCGUGAUCGCAAUGGCGAUGACAAAGGCCGCGUAGUGAGGCAGUGA